UAACUAAAUAUUAAAACCAUAAACGCCAAACUGCUGAUCUUGUGCAUUAACCGCUUACAAUAUUAAUGUUAAAAACAAUUCAAAUAAAUAAAUAAAAAGUUUUUUACAAAGUAUUAUUCAAAGUUGCAUGAAUAAAAACUAAGUGAAAUAAUUAAAGUAUUAUUUAUUUAUUAGUCUAGCUUGAACGAAGAAAAAAGUAUUUUUUAAAAACUAACCAACAUGUCUCAUACUAUUCUGUUAGUACAGCCGGGAAAUCGUCCAGAGACACGCACUUAUUCUGAUUAUGAAAGUGUUAACGAGUGUCUUGAAGGCGUCUGUAAGAUUUACGAAGAACACUUGAAGAGAAGGAACCCAAAUACUCCGACAAUAACCUACGACAUAAGUCAAUUGUUUGACUUUAUCGAUCAAUUAACGGAUCUCUCGUGUCUGGUUUAUCAAAAAUCAACAAACACGUAUGCUCCUUAUAAUAAAGACUGGAUUAAAGAAAAAAUAUAUGUCUUAUUGCGCCGUGCUGCUGGUCACAGUGAGUGAUCCAACUGGAUAUUUAUUUAUUUAAGUAAACAUUUUUUCCUCAUUACUUGCAUAAAUUAUAUUAAAUUUAUCUUAAUAUUAAAUACUAAAUAAUUAUGAUAUUUCUUUACUGUUUAAUAUAACAAAUAUAAUGUAUAAACGUUCAA